CCUCAAGCCAACCAAAAAAGCCAUUCCAAUCGAAUCCACGGCCCUACAUAUACACACCCACUCACCCUCUCGCAAUCACAAAGCCCCCCAUUCAAUUGUGUACGUGUUGUGCCACACCUCUCUCUCUCUCUCUCUCUCUCUCUCUCUCUCUCUCUCUCUCUCUCUCUCUCUCGUGAACAGAUGAGCUCCGGUGGUGGUAAGCAAGAAGGACCCAAGCUGUUCAGCUCGAGGAUCCUCUUAAGGGAUCGCUCAAACGUGGCCAACGGGUCCUUCAGGGUGUACUACAGCCUCGGCGCUGCCGGCACGGUGCCGUUCGUGUGGGAGUCCAAGCCCGGCACUCCCAAGAGCAUGGCCACCCCGUCCUCGGCCACCAACGCCAUGCCGCCGAUCUCGCCGCCGCCGUCGUACCAGUCGACGUCCCAUCCGUCCAAGAUGAAGAAGUGCGGGAGGAGGAGGGCAGCUUCUUGGACUGCCGGAGGCUGGAUCAGCUGCCUGAGCCUGAACAUCAGGAGGCGGUCGCCGCCGUCGCCGACGGAUCACCAGCAACGUUGGCUAGGGCCGGACCGCAGCAACGACCACGAGCGGCGGCCGCGGCGUUCUACCUUGUGCUUCUGAACCGGCCGGAACGGGUUGGUGAAUUUAGCUGUUGCACCUUGUGCGGUGUUAACUCCGGAGUGUUGCUAGUUGUUACGGUGCUGGGUCUGAGUGGCGUUUGGACUGGAUUUCUGAAGUGUUAGGUUGGAUCCUUUCCCUUUUCAGUGUUCAGAUUUGCAUACAUAGCUAUGAAUGUAUGAUACAGUGUGGCCUGCUGGGAACA